AUGGGCGAUUUUCAAUCAUUUUCGACAUAUUCCGCUCCUUUCUCAGCGACGGAACUCAUUAAUCGUCCCGAUAAGACAUAUGCAGUCAAAGGCCAAGCCGAAUUCUUGGCUGUCGCCGUCGCCCUCGAUGUCCCGAUCCUGAGCGCCCAGAACAAUGUCAUCGCCAGCAUGAAUAUCCUCUCAGCUGGUGCAGGCGCUUCCUUCGCUGUCUUUGCAUCAGCUGAAGAACUCAGUCUUGACGCAGAUGAGGACUUUAUCAAUACGACACCCGGAGUGCGCGAUUGGAUCCAGAAAGCGAAAGAUAGUCAGAAGUUUCGACGAUACGUGACCAAGAAGAUCGUUACCUCUCAAGGAGUCGCGAGUGACUCGCCUCAACUUGCUGCUGCCAUCAAUGAGAUACGAGUUUUGUCAAAUGAGACGAUUCGACAAUGCGACUUUAUUGUCUCGAUGCUGGCCAUCUCGUGGAGUGAGUCGCCUAGUGUUGGGAGGUUUUGGCCACAGGUUUUGCUUGAGGCUGCUGAUGAGGGCACUUUGGCGGAGUAUCUCUCCUCCAACAAAGCAGACUUCAAGUCCCAAUUGGCCAUAUCCAUGAACAUUGGUCGCGCACUCCAGUUUCUCCAUGCGCAUGGGAUUGUUCAUGCUGAUCUAAAGCCAACUAAUGUGCUGGUCUUCACUUCUGGCUUGGACGAACACCAGCAUGAUCUCCUCCACAAAACUGGUCUUCCGUCUAUCCGGGCCAAGCUCUGCGACUUUGGGUAUGCGGUGAUCCUCGAUGAUUAUAAGUCCGAGAAUAUGUUUCAAGCGAGGAUUGGUAGUCUUCCUUGGAUGGCACCUGAACUGGAUGCAGAAGAACCUAUCAGACUGGAGGAUCUCCACAAGACAGAUAUCUACUCUCUUGGGUUACUCACUGCCAGCAUUCUCAUGAACGGUUGUACACCCUUUGAUACACUGAGUCCAGGGGACGUUUUGGAGAUGAAGAAGAACGCACCAGGCCAGUCAGGCUCAGCAGUCGCAACACUCAUAGAGAAUAUCAAGGAGAAAACACCCCUUUCAGAACAACAGGAAGAGUUCGUUUACGCUUUUCUCGAGGGAACUUGUACACCUUCACCCUCGGAAAGGGUGUCAUUAUCGGCGAUACAAAGUUACCUUUUUCUGGGACUCAUGCAACAACGUCAUACUGGAAAGGCAACGAUCCCGUUGGAGUGGUUCAAGGAUCUACGGCCAGCUACAGACGGAUACAAGGGUGCCCUGGCUGCGCUUGAAAAGAAACAUUCAGGAUCGGUAAGCGAAAUCGAUAACGACGAAAUGCUGAUUCAACUGCGGCAAAUGUACGACCAAGUCAUCUCCAUCAAGAUCAACAACCCAGAAUUCGAAAAAAUGCUUGCAACAUGUUUCGAAGACCACAGCCUCCAGCCAGCUAGUCUGAGAAAGUUCAAGAAGAACUGGAAACCGGAUGAGGAUACUCAAGAUAGUGAAGGCUUUAUUUCCCGUAUGGAGGAGAUCUUUGAUGGAGCUAUAGCGAAAGUCCCUGAUUUUGCGUUUGAGCACACUUUAAAUGUAUCUCUUAUCCCUAGAGUGGCACAAGAAGAAGUCUUUCGAGAUCUGAGAGAGAGCGUUGAGUCAGGCGAUAUACAAGACUCUGCCGCGCCACUUCACCUGGCUGGGGCAUACCUUAAUGGACUACUCGUCGAGCUAUCGAUAGAGAAGGGUCUUGACCAUCUUGUUGCCGCCGCUAUGAUGGAUAACCCAGAUGCAUUGUCUGUCAUCCUUAGAAUCUUUGAUGCGUGCGACACCCCGUUGCCACCAGAGAGCAAAGAUGAACUACUCGGCAAAGUUGAGUCAUAUGGAGCCAAGACAUUCGGCCUUUCUCAAGGGACAAUGUUCGACCAUUUAGUUCCUAAGCAUCUCUCCACAAACCAGGUCCUCGGUAAGAUCUGGACUCGCAGGUGGCCAGAGAAGUAUGAAGCAUAUCUCGCAACUCAGCGAAGAUUUCCGAAUGUGUUUCUUCUCCAUUGCAACAGCCCUUUGUUCUUGAAAGAGAAGCCAAACAUGGAAACUCCAGUAUUCGAUUUUCAUCUUCUAGAGUGCCUCAAAGAUGCAGGAAGAGAAACCAUAGAUUCAGCGAGGAUAGAGGAGUUCAAAGAGGGGGUCACUAAACUUGGAUGUCUCAACUGCUGCGACAAAGAUGGUUUUACCCUACUUCAAAUUGCAGCUGUCAAGAACGAUCUUGUCAUGGCGAGUGCUCUAGUUGAGCUUGGCGCUGAUGUCAAUGCACAUGGAAACACUCAUGGCUGGGCGCCAUUACUUCUAAGCUGUCACUGCGGCUACUUCGACAUGGCGAAACUCCUCAUCGAUAACGGCGCUGAUCCAACCAUUCGAGAGACUCUCCAUGGAGCCACUAUUCUUCACUCCCUAACCCAAUUCUCCAAACGCCAGCACUGUGAGGAGAUAUUCGAUAUUGCAUUAUCAGCAGGUCUCGACAUAAAUGUCCCAAUGAAGAACGGCGCAACACCACUGCACACCACGUUCGCAGCAUGGGAUUACUCCCACGGAGUGGCAACUGGACUUCUGCUGGAGUAUGGUGCAGAUCCAACUAGACAGGUCCAAGAAUGGGAUGGAUUCUUGAACUUCAACACUGCGAUUGCGCAUGCGGCUCAGCAGCUUGACGUUGAUCUCCUACGCAGAAUGUUAAUUGUUUCGGAGACCUUGGUGGCGAUUUUAGGGUUUUCAGCGCGACGUCAACUCAGCGAUGCCAAGGCUCAAGCACUCAGUGCUCUUUUCCGAAGAACGCGCUUCUACUGUAUGUGCGUCGGAGGUAAAGGGUAUAAAGAAAAGUUGGAAACUGUCAUUUCUCUCCUAGCUGAUGAAAAUGCCCGCUCGGUGUUGAUUGAGCGCCGGCGAGUGGAUAAGAAGCAACCAACAGAUCCGUUCUUGACGAUGUGCACUUUUAGAGGAUCCGGUUUCUUCGUGGACGCUUUUCUGAAAGUCUUUCCACAUACUGCGAUUGAUGAUCCGUCGUGGGACUUGCCAAGACUGUUUCUACAUGUUGCCAUUGAGAGAAGAGAUGUUGAAGCCGUACGCGCUUUUGUUCGACAAGGUGCGGAUAUCCUCACUACAGAGAGAGGAGGGCGGAACGCACUUCACUUUGCGGCACACUACUUCCCUAAGAUCUUGCCAGAGCUAAUCAAGACACUUGAAGAGUUCCCUCCGGAGAGACUACAGGGGAAGAGCAUGACAGAGAUAUUGGAGGGGCAGUGUAACUCUGGCCUCACAGUGUUUGCUCAGCUUCUCGUCGAAGGGUACGAUGACGAGCGCAAAGUCGUCGAGACUCUACGUGUCAAGUACUCUUUGAAGCACGACUACAAGAUGAAUAGAGAUGGCAGCUGGGUGACAUUUGGGGGCUACCUCGUUUCACUAGCUGUUGCUGAUGGCUUGGUACCGAUCGAGCACAUUCAGUAUCUGCUCAAUCUUGAUUCACUUCCCGAGUACGUAACUACACCAACGGGCAAGACCUUGUUAGUGAAAGCCAUCGAAGGCUUUUCAGGAUCUCGAGACUCGUAUGACCUCGCAUGUCAUCAGAUCACAAGAAUGCUCCUAGCCAAGUAUCCAGUUUUCGAUGACGUCUUCCGAGUCGCUGAUGAAAGAGGUCGAACUUGUCUACAUAUCGCAGCAUACUGGUCCAACAAGACUGCUUUGCAAAUGAUCAAGGACCAUGCACAACGGCAUUUCCCCAGCAAGAAGAUCCCUUGGAAUGCAGUGGCAAGUGGCAACACUGUCUUGGAUCACGCAUUACAAGGUAUCAAGGAGAAGGCACUUCCAGCGCUUGACAAUCAAGUCAACAAAGUCGCCUCACGUUCCACCAGGAAAGCUGCGUUGGCGUGCUAUGUAUUCUUGCGCGAGAAUGGGGCAUUGCAUAAUUGGGAGUUGGAGGGGUCUUUGGUAGCAGCACGAUUGAUCAUGUAUGCGCCUGACUUUGAGAAGAUUGGCCUUUUCUUGAGACUCGCGACACAGAGACUUGGGCUUGGUCCACCAGACGUCGACUUUGACAGAUGCGUCGAGGUUGGGACUACUGCCAGUCUCGAUGGAAGACUCAUUCGGGUUCCAGUAGUAGACCUGAUCUGGAAACAUGAUAACUUCAUCCUCAGAUUCUAUUCUGUUCGCAUAUCGUCUCUGGCUGUUGAAGGUUUCCAACAGGUUCACGGCUGGUUCAAGAAGAGGAUAGAGACCGAACCGAGAUUCUACGAGAGUUUGGGCCUGCCUGCUGGACUUUGGCCGUUCAUGACUCUCACUUACGACCAGCCAAUACCUUAUGCAAAAGAAACUAUGCGCUGGACCCGCGGUGGCCGGAUCUGGAGUGAAGAAGAGCGCGAUAGUCUGAAAGCACAGUUUUCGUCACUCUGGGAUAUUUUCUUUGCAGAAGUUGAGGAGCAGUUCUUGUCGAAGUUUGAGAUGGCUUAA